GGAAAUCGAUGGCACAAGUAGGGCGGGUGUCCGGAUAGACGCGACUGAAGCGAAAUUAUUCUACAAAGAAACCGGCCGGGUCUAGAGUGUGUGUGAAGACAUGGAACUGCGUGUGCUUUUGGUGUGUGUGGGAGUGUGUUUAGGGCUGGGCAGUAGUAAGCCCAUGGAGAAGAAAGACCGCGUGCAUCAAGACUCGCCGCUUAGCAACCUAGACCAUGACGAUGGCGAGAACUUUGACUAUGAUCACGAAGCAUUCCUGGGACAGGAGGAGGCCAAGACAUUUGAUCAGCUAACGCCAGAGGAGAGCAAAGAGAGACUGGGUAUGAUAGUUGAGCGUAUGGAUGAGGACGGUGAUGGCUUUGUGUCAGUGGAGGAGAUGAAGAAGUGGAUCAAGCACGCUCAGAAGCGCUGGAUCUACCAGGACGUGGACAGGCAGUGGCAGGGUCACGACCUCAAUGGAGACAAUCACGUCACCUGGGAAGAGUACAAGAAUGCCACCUAUGGUUAUAUCCUGGAUGAACAGGACCCUGAGGAUGGUUUCAGCUACAGGCAGAUGAUGAACCGCGACGAGCGUCGCUUUAAGUUGGCAGAUAAAGACGGAGAUCAGAAGGCUGACAAAGAGGAGUUCACCGCCUUCCUCCACCCAGAGGAGUACGACUACAUGAAGGACAUCGUAGUCAUUGAGACUAUGGAAGAUAUUGACAAGAAUGGAGAUGGAUUUAUUGAUCUGAAUGAGUAUAUAGGUGACAUGUACAACCAGGACGGCGACGCGAAUGAGCCAGAGUGGGUUCGCACCGAGCGCCAGCAGUUCACCGACUUCAGGGACAAAAACAAAGAUGGCCGCAUGGACCGCGAGGAGACUCGCGACUGGAUCCUUCCGUCCGACUACGACCAUGCAGAAGCUGAGGCCAAACACCUGGUUUAUGAGUCAGACACAGACCAGGAUGGACAACUGACGAAGGAAGAGAUUGUGCAGAAGUAUGACCUGUUUGUGGGAAGUCAGGCCACUGACUUUGGAGAGGCCUUGGUCCGACACGAUGAGUUCUAAACAAACAAACCAACACACCUGUCCACAAACACUGAGUGUAGGAGAUAUUUAGUGUGCGCCGCGUGUGAGAAAGCACCUGUGAGAUUGUUUUUUUUAUAUAUAUCAAGUUGACUGUAUUUGUGUGUGUGUGUGUGUGUGUGCGUGCUGUUGAGUGAGUCACAAAUGAGAGAGAAUGUGUGUCUGUGUAUGUGUGUGUGUGUUUGUGUGAGAGAGAGAGCAUGCUUGUGUGUGUGUUUGCUUGUGACUGUAUGUAAACCUGCAGGGAGCACCUCUUGUGUUAUUCCUAAGGAUUCACCAACACACUGGCCUCACCCCAGCGUGUCUACCCAGAGCAGUGAGAAACAGCACACCGUCAUAAACACGGCAUAGCAGCUCCAGUAACACAGCCCACAACAGCUGUGCAAGCCUGUUAGAAACACGACACAGUAGCUCACAAGGCAUCUAUUAACACAGCUCACCAAUGGCACACAGUGGUCGUUAGCAAUAUGGAACAGCUGUGAGUGGCUCUUGUGACGGUCACACGUCAGCUGUAUAGCACCAGUAACAAAGGAUUGAUGGAAGACUGGUGCAAGGGUUCAUGUGUGACUUAUAUGUGAUGUGAUGAGCCAUCUGGCGAUGUUUAGGUGGCUAAUCACCAUCUAGCUAAUGUAUACUGGUAGGAGAGGCGAAUCACUAAUGUAAGUCAGGGCUGAAGUAGCUAGUUGGAGGAUUCGGAGUGAGUGCUCACCUGGUAUCGCCGCACCCUUAGCACUACAGCGCUGCUGGGUUUACCAAACUAAUGUAUUUUAAUGAACGAGUUGCAAUUGAAAAUCCCAUGCUGCGGAAAGAUACACUAACCUUUAAGAGGCCACGAGUCUACAGGGCUGUGUGAUGACGACGAGUCUCUCGGUGUGCCUGUUGUCCUAAUGCUCGGUGUGGCUCCUGUGAAGCUCUUAGGAAUGCUGAAUGCACUGUUUCCCCUCAUCCUAUGGACUGAUUGUUUGGACUGGUUGUUGUUGUCGCCAUGGACACUGAUUUUUUUGUUUUUUGUUUGUUUAAGAAGCAGAACACCAUGUCUUCCGUGCCUCUAUUUGCAUUGUUGUUAUUGUUGUUGUUUUUAUUGUUGUUUGUUUCUUGACUGAUUUUGUUUUUUGUACCCUUCUUUUAAAAAUAUUAUUUCGUAAUGUCUGUAUGCCACUACAGCAGUCCCUGUGCAUGUAUACGGUGUGAGGGGCGUAUCAUAAUUUAAUGUCAUUUAGCAGUCAUGUCAGCAAACUUUUUUUUACCCAUGAUAGCAUUUAGUGUGUUUAUAUUUACUAUACCAACCUUGUUUAGUAUGACAUCACCGGUGAUCACCUAACAGUCAUUAUUAAUCUGUGACUGUGUGCUGUAUAUUAUAUAGGAUAUUUGCCUUUUGACUUGCCCUAUGAACAAAUCCCUGUAUGUGUGUAUUAACUAUUGAGUGUGCCAGUAUUGUGCCUGGCUGCCUUACUAUGGGACAAGACUGUUGUGCGUUUGGGAGUUUUUGAAGUUUUGAUUUCCUGAAAGACGGGACUUGUAUGUGUGUUUGUGUCUAGUGGGAGUUUUCCAGCCAUGAACACCACUCUUAUCACACAGCCACACACACUCAUCCCCUGGUCCUAAUGUUCUGGGUCUUAUACCGUCAAGAAGUGUUAGUUGCAUGUGACUACACAGACCAUGAAGGAAGCAGAAUUCUGGCCAUACCCCCAGGAAUGGCCCCUAAAGACAAUGAGGAUGGGAGGGGACUUCAGUGUUUCUCUCUAAGCCUGUCUUCCACUCACACAAUAAAUCAGUUUGAAGAGUCA